AUGCUUCCGUACCUUGUUCGACACUAUGAGUGUCGAACAAGCGUGUUCGACACUAUGAGUGUCGAACAAGCGUGUUCGACAGUCAUAGUGUCGAACAUACUCCUCUCCUAUAACGACGAUCAGCCAGCAGUAAUUAAGUACAUCAUCUAUGAGAACAAUGAUAAUGAGACCCUUUUUGAAGGAGAUAAUUGCAUCCUUUUUAGAUCAAGGAUUGAAUAUGGGAAGCCUAGACAAUGGCUUGAGAACAAUGUCGUUGACACGGUGGUGGAGGCUGUGAGAAAGGAGGAAGUGCGAGAAAGGAACGGCACGAAUUGGUUCUUUCCAUGCAUCACAUACGAAAGCUACAAGGAAGUUUCAUCCUUCAAGGUAUAUUACGAUGACCACGUACAAAAGUUUGCAGUGACAAGUGAUCUCGAGGCUUGUGAAAAGAUUUACAUCCCCAUCCAUCACUAUGGUCGCCGGCACUUUCUGCUGGCUGUGUUGAAAGUCCCGAAUCAAACAUGCUUAUGGUUUGAUCCGAUGUGGAGCGAUGAAGGUUACUCUCUGACAGAUGAGGAAAUCCUGCCAGUGUUGCUCGAAGGCCUGGACAAUUGUGUACCAGGUAUUAAGACGAAGCCCUUCUUCCCAACUUUCGAAGAAGUAAUCCAAAAGAAUGCUCCUCGGCAGCCUAAUGGAUGGGAUUGUGGCAUCUAUGUCAUGAAUUUUCUCCGUGAUUUGCCGGAUGACAAUGGGAAGCAGUCCGGCAAAAUCGUUGUUAAUGUCACGGAGAGAGACCAUGAAAAAUUUUCUCAAGCACUAAGAAUCGAGUGCCUUUUGUGGGUACUUUUCCACGAAGCCAACAAGAAAAGAGAUGGUCUCUUGCUCGAGGCAAAGAGGUUGCAAAAUAAGUUGAUGGACUCUGACAACAAUAGUGAUGAAAAAGAAGCACGUGGGUAAGGCUAAGCGCAAAAAUUCAAAGAAAUAAAAUUUUAAGAUGCCAGUUUUCUAACUCUUGGAGAGACAUUUCAAUACUAUGUGCAGAGUUGUGCUUACGAAGAACAGAGUUCAGAAAUGCAAAGCAGAAAGUCCUUGGACUAAUUGGAGAGGAACAGAGGUUUCUGAGACCAAAUAAUUGAGUUUUCCUUUUAGAAAAAACAAGUAUAAUGAUGGUUAAUCUGACAUUUAAUUAUAUCAUUAACUUUAUUGUAUACCAGGCGUAUACCCACACGUUAUGCAGAUUUUACGUGUGGGUAUUAAAAUUUUGUACAUUAUUAUUUUG